AUGCGAUACUAUUUUUCUUUACCAUUUUUUGCCCAAAUUGUGCAAUGCCCACAUCAUAAACAAGCCUUGACAAUAAGAGGCAGCAAAGGCGCAACUCAUCCUAUAAGAACUCGAAAUAUGGAGCCUGGUAUCCUGCGAGAGCACUCUCCGAGUGCUGUGAAUAGUGACACUAUUUCUAAGCAUGGGACAGAGCUCCCUGAAGUGCAAGACUCUAAUUAUCCACAAAAACCCGUCUUCUUCAAUUACCACGAAUUUUCAGAGACCUACUACAUUGAUUUGAGUUUACCUUGCAACCAGAUUGAGCAUUCAGAGGCAUAUGGCUUAUGUAUAACUCACUUUCCCAAUAUUUAUGCGCCCAUGGGUUCGAAAGUGUUCGAAGACACAAGAAUCGUUCGAAUCCCAAGACGAUAUGAAACGACUCUAGAAUAUCCUGAUUUCAGUACCUGCUUACCGGGAUUAGAGCCAGCAGCACUAAUAAAUGAGCAAGAGGGCAGAACCAGAUUUGUUCCGCACGGAAUUUUUGAUAAUAGAGAACUAUUUGGUUAUUCUUCUGUCAGCCCCCUAAGUGAUUUCUUUACAGAGACCGAGUUUGAAGAAAUCAUUACCUCUAUCAAUGAAAAUAUGUGCAAAGCCUCAAGGAUAUACUCUUGGUUCAAUUUACUUACUCUGGUGGCCGACAUGCUAACCCUGGGGUUGUGGCAUUGGCUCUCUGCUAGGUAUAUUACUCCGGAUCCGAUGCAAGAGGUAGAAGAUCACAUUGCGAAGCUAAACGAAUUGCCAGCAUUUAAAAAGCGUAACAUCAAGAUACUUUCACCAAGAAGAUCAGGGUAUUUAUCAGUAUGUGCAUAG